GUGGAAAGCUGAUGUGAGUGUGUAAAUAAUAUAAUCAUGGAGAGAAUACUACGAGGUAUUAUGCGAUAUCGUGUUUUGGAUCGUUCAGUUAUGGUGAAGCAGUUCCAACAAGUAAAAAGCGCGCCGACGCACGCAGCACGUAAACGCUACUCGCGAAGUCACGUGACGCAGUUGAGACCAAGCAAAGGAGACCCUGGGGAAGGAGUUAAGCCAGAAACACAUUAUCAAAACCCGACGCUACCCCACGCCACUUGACGCAUGCAAGUACCAUUCUGUAUACAUACUUUUAAUACGUUCAGAGACAUAUACAAAAUGCCAUGUGAUCACAUGUGACCCCACGCAUUUACAUCCAGUCGCGUCAAUCGAGCUUAAUCGGUGUGCUGAAAUGAGAGGGGGAACAUCCCACACCACACGAUGCUUAAGGUAAGUGUCGUCUUGUGGCGGGAAAUUUAAAUAGUAGAAAUAAACAUGAGGUGUGAUCUUAUCAAACUUGGUAAUAUUAUACCUCAAAGUAAUUUUAUUGAUGUCGGACUCUGAAAGUUCACAAAUUGAAAUUUAAUGCGAAAUACAAUUAUAUUUUUCUUUGAAAAUUUCAUCGGAUUACUUUGAAUGAGGGAUUCUGUUUUUCAUUUUUUCCUAGCUGAUACUUAGAUGGCGCUGAUCUUGGUACGUUACUGGAAGGGACGGAACGUCAUAACUUAACAACGUCAUAUUAUUUUGAAAUCGUAUAACGAAACGUACUUAUCAACAACAAUUAAAAUAGGGAAUAAAAAUGGAAUAAAAGGAGUAAAAAAGUCAGUCAGGUUGUUUAUUUAUUUAUUUAUUCGACUUACACGGCUUUAACAGCCAAUUACAUAAAUCGUAAACUUAAAAUUAAAUUUAAAAUAAAAGCUUAAAAAUACAGUUAAAUACAACUAAAGUGUAAAAUAAUAUAAAAAAAAAACUUUGUUGUUAUCUGAUCUGAAUGUCUCGAGAGCUUUUGAAUUAUUAUUUUUUGACGACUAAGUACCCGACUGGAUCCGCGCGGGGUAGCGUAUGAUCACAUGGCAUGUUGCAUGUGUGUCUUUAAACGCACUAAAUGUAUCGUAGAUAUAGAAUAUAGGUACUCAUAGAUUGGCUUAGAGAGUGAAAGAGAGCCCGCUCUCUUACGGUACUUUGCUGUUAGGCGCUCCCUAGACGAUCAAUUAAAUUGCGCAAUAUUACCUAUUGUGCAAAUUUACUGUGAUGAGUAUGUUAAUGAUCUUUCCAUCAAAAAAAUAAUUGCACAAUAUUGAUAUUGUAAUAUUGCACAAUGUUAUUGAUCGUCUAGGGAUUGUCUUAGAAAGAGUAAGAGGAUGAAGCUGUCACCAGGAUUAAACACGCAUGGGAUACUGAAGCGUUGGGACGCAGGUAACGAGCGCGUUUGUGUUUCGAUAUUGUCACAGUGAAUUAUUGUGAUAACCUGUGAUGGAACACAAUAACAAUGGUUACCUGUGUAUCUUCCAAGAAGAAUAUGUCCCGGGACCGCUCGUUUCACUACCCAAGGCGGUUUUCUACACGUGCAUGGACAGUAGAAUGAUACCGACGAGGUUCACAGAGACAAGCGUAGGCGAUAUGUUUGUAGUGCGAAACGCUGGUAACUUGGUUCCUCACUCGAGGCACUUCAAGGAUGAGAUGACCAGCUGCGAGCCGGCCGCCUUGGAGCUCGGCUGUAUAACCUAUGAUAUAAGGCACAUUAUUGUGUGUGGCCACAGUGACUGUAAAGCGAUGAACCUUCUCUAUAAGCUAAAGGAUGACAAGGAAACUACAACAGAAAAAAGAAGACUGUCUCCUUUAACGUCAUUCAUGUGUAGUUAUGCUAAAAGUAGUUUGGACAAAUUCCUUAAAAUGAACGGUGACUUCACGAAGCCAGUGAAAUUUACAGCUGAAACGCCACAUAGAAAAUUUGUGGCGUACAUAGACCCAGAGAACAAAUUUUGCAUAGAGGACAAACUGUCACAGGUAAAUACCCUGCAACAAUUAUCAAAUAUCGCGUCCUACGGAAUGCUGAAGAAGCGUUUGGAGAAGUACGACCUUCACAUUCAUGCUCUCUGGUUCGAUAUCUACACAGGCGACAUUUUCUACUUCAGUAGGAGAGCCAAGCGUUUUGUGAUAAUCGACGAGUCAUCUUACGAGGAACUAGCAGCUGAAGUCAGGAGAUAUUACUCAUAGUAUUUUCUUAAACUUUAAUAGAUUCAUUCUGAAUGACUUAAAAUAGCUGGCAUGCCACCAACAAUCAUCAAAACCUAAGCUAUUUUUGAUGAAUCCAAACGCAAUGGGAUGUCGGUCAUGGAGAGCAAACUUAAAAAGAGGGUAGCUAUAGAAUGGUAUGGUUAAAAUAUUGUAUGCCUCACAUUUCAAAGUAAACAGUUGUUUAAAGAAAAAUGGACGUUUAUGCUGUCAGUGAACUUGGGCCUAAGUUGGUGACCGCUGAUUUGAACUACGUCUCAGUCGUGAGUUCAGACGUACGUUACCUAGGGUACGCAAAUAGAUUCAAUCCGAGGAGAACGUCAGAGUGUCAAAUAAGAGGUCAGUGCGUCAUUAGACAAUGACGAUAACAUACGUCACGCAAGAUGAAUGAAUAAUGAUGAAUCGUGUCUGCUGAGAAGUUAUGAAAUAGUUAAAAGCAACACUAUCAGUACGUUCCUAUAAAGUGCCUUCUAAAAUUGGAUUUCAAACUAAAAGUUCGGCGCUUUUUGUGUUGGCGUAACGUGUCUCUCAAUAAACUAAUGCAUUCUAUACAAUAUUCCAUAAAUUGUGUACCUGCAAUCUGCAUACUUAGUGGAAUUAAAUCUGAUCACACACACAUUUCAUAGUUAAUUAAAUGUGAUGUCUCACUUAGCUUUUAAUUUAUUUUUGAUACAUUUAUACGUAUUUAUAAGUAUUUGUUAAAUAAUUAUAAUGGUCGUGUUAUUUUUGUCAAUUUGCUUGCCUUAUUCAUUGGGACCAAAAAUAUAGAUUUUGUAUUGUCUUCA